AUGUCAACUGAAGGUGCUUCAUGCUCAAGUGAAAUUUCAGUGAACGUAAGCGACGCGUUCCAACGUAUUAUGCUGAACAAGAGAUUCGGAAGCUGGAUUGAAUUAGAUAAUGCGCUAAAGGAUUUCCAUAAAAUGACCCAUACACACUAUGUUCACGCAGAAAGUAGAUUGUCGAAGAAUGUGAGAUAUAAAUACUUGUUCGUAAUGUUUCGUUGCACGUUUGGUCGUAAACGUAAAUCAAAAUGUCUGAAUGUGAAUAAAAAACCGUCUAAAUUUUUGAAUUGCCAAUCGAUGUUCCGCGUAAGAUUGGAGGGUCAACAAUACGUUAUAAAAUCUUACAACAUGUCUCACAACCAUCCGUGUACUAGUUCGUGGAUGGUUUGUGAUCAGUUGAGUAGACGAUUGUCAUCAGAAGAAAAAGAAAACUUGAAACCAGUUAUAUUGCACUGUCAGUCGACGGACGAAGUUAUCGAAAGUAUUAAGGAAAGAACAGGUAAGCAGGUGACCGCUGCUGAUGUGAAAAAUAUGAAAGCUGAACUCUCCACUGGUAAGUGUAUAUAA